GUUUAUCUUACCGCGCGUUACUUAUUUACUACAUCUCCUGCACUAACAAUAUGCCCUUCGUACAGAGAAGAGUAUAUAAGAUGGACAAGGUACAGAAAGCCGAGGAGAGGAUCAAGAACUCAAUGUGGGAUAUUGAGGCAUGGAGUGUACUACUUAGAGAUGCUCAAAGUAAAAAAAUAGAGGAUGCGAGAGACGUGUUUGAACGGAUAGUUAAACAAUUCCCUACCACCGGACAAUAUUGGAAAAUAUUUAUUCAACAAGAGAUGAAAGCGAAAAAUUAUGACCGAGUAGAGAAGCUUUUUCAACGUUGCUUGCUUAAAGUUCUUAAUAUCGAAUUAUGGAAGUUAUAUUUGCAAUAUAUCAAAGAAACUAAAGGAAAACAACAAGCAUUUAAAGAAAAAAUGGCGCAAGCGUACGAUUUCACCUUAGAUAAAAUGGGGCUUGACCUCAGUUCUUAUUCAAUUUGGUCAGAAUAUACGAACUUCCUCAGAUCUACUCAGGUACAAGGGUCCUACGCUGAAAGCCAAAAAAUUACUGCUACUCGUCGAGUUUUUCAACGAGCGAUUAUUACACCUAUGCUUGGAAUCGAAACCAUUUGGCGUGAUUAUUGCAUGUACGAAAACUCUAUCAAUCCUUUGAUUGCAAAGAAAUUUACAGAAGAACGCAGUAGAGACUACAUGAAUGCUCGUCGUGUGGCUAAGGAGUAUGAGGUGAUCACUAAGGGCUUAUCCCGCAAUAUGCCAUCUGUGCCUCCACAGAACACUCCAUAUGAAGCAAAACAAGUAGAACUAUGGAAAAAAUAUAUUCAGUGGGAAAAAGACAAUCCUCUAAAGACUGAAGAUGUCAUCACUGUGACAAAAAGAGUCAUGUUCGCAUAUGAACAAUGCCUGCUAUGCCUCAGUCAUCACCCUGAUAUUUGGUAUGAAGCGGCAAGUUACCUUGAUCAGGCUAGCAAGCUAUUGGCAGAAAAAGGGGAUCAAGCAAUGGCUCGUCAGUUUGCAGAUGAUACGGCUGCUAUGUAUGAACGAGCUAUUGCGCUUUUAGAGACUAAUAUGAUGCUUUACUUUGCCUAUGCCGAUUACGAGGAAGGCAGGGGUAAAUAUGCGAAAGUUCAUUCGAUUUACAAGAAGCUCAUUUCCUUGAAAAAUAUCGAUCCGGCCUUGCCUUAUAUUCAAUAUAUGCGCUUUGCACGCCGUGCUGAAGGAAUUCUCCCAGCUCGUCUUGUGUUCAAACAGGCCAGAGAGGACCAUCGCAUAUCUUAUCAUGUUUAUGUUAGCACUGCACUAAUGGAGUACUUUUGCUCUAAACGACUUUUCACACAAUCUUAA